CUCCUCCAGUUGCCGGCCCCUCUGCAUCACUUUCCUUCGCACAGGACGCGACGUCUUCGUGUGUCUGCUCUGGUGAAAGAUGAUAAUUCUCGAGGACGUCUUCAAGGUCGAGAGGCUCGACCCCGACGGCAAGAAGUUCGACAAAGUAUCUCGGAUUGAAGCACGAAGCGAAAGAUUCGACAUGUUCAUGCAUCUAGAUGUGAAUACUGAAAUAUACCCAAUAAAAGAAGGACAAAAGUUCACCAUGGCGUUAGCUACUACGUUAAAUUCGGAUGGAACACCGGACACAGGAUAUUAUACCCCGGGUAAUAGGAAAUCCAUUGCUGACAAGUACGAAUACAUUAUGCAUGGGAAGCUAUACAAGAUAUCCGAGGAUGAUCCUGGAAGGGCUUCUAAAAGUUCAGUAAAAGGAGUCAAAGCGGAGAUAUAUGUUUCAUAUGGAGGGCUUCUCAUGAUGCUGAGAGGGGACCCAUCUAAUCUCAAUCAGUUCGACCUCGACCAAAGGCUGUUCCUUUGCAUCAGGAAGCUCUGAGAUUUGAGCUGCCUGUAUCAUCUGAUUUCUCUUGUUAACUCUAUCGAGUCGUAACUGAUUUAGCAGACCCUGAAAGGAUGACGUUCUCCUCUGUAUGUUGGGCCAACUGUUGCUUGGUAUUUUCUUGGGCAAAUGCACUUGAUCCUGUCGGGUACUCUUGUGGAUGGACUGUAAACUCCAAAAUAUUUAUUAGCAUACAAUUUGGUGCAAUCUUUUGUCCCAAGGGUUUACUUUGAUCUUGAUGAAAUACAAUGUUGGAAUUUCCUUCA